CUCCUGUCCGGUCUCAUCUACGGACACUCGCCAAACCAGUGCCAAAAGCACAGGGUCUAAAGACAUAUGUGUACAGCCUAAAAUUUACUUUUACCUAUACCUCACAUUUAAAAGAGAACGACCUUUUCAAACUUGGACAAGAGUGAAAACUUAUUGAAGACACUGAAAAGCGGGCAAACAUCUACAGGUGUCUGAGCUUGAGGAGGCACGAGACUGACGGAGGACCGCACGCGCCAGGCGCGAGCAAAAAGAAGCGGCCCUCAGGACCCCCGGCCCGUAAAAGCGUCACAGUGAAAAAAAAGAGCGUGAGAGAGAGGGGAUAGAGAGAGGGAGGGAGAGAGAGCAAUAGAUAGUGUGCGAGAGACGCGGCCGUCCCAAGAAUGAUGUCCUACAUAAAGCAGCCCCAUUAUGCUGUGAACGGGUUAACACUGUCCGCCUCAGGAAUGGACCUGCUCCACACCGCCGUCGGCUACCCAGCCACUCCGAGGAAGCAGCGUCGAGAGCGCACUACCUUCACACGCACACAACUGGACAUUCUGGAAGCUCUGUUUACCAAAACCCGCUACCCAGACAUAUUCAUGAGAGAAGACGUGGCUCUGAAAAUCAACCUCCCAGAGUCCAGAGUUCAGGUGUGGUUUAAAAACCGACGUGCUAAAUGCCGCCAACAGCAGCAGCAGACCAGCGGUCAGCCGAAGCCCCGUCCCCCCAAAAAGAAGUCCUCCCCAGCACCUGAACUGACCUCUGACACUGUUGCCAGCUCCUCUGUGGCAGCUGUCCCUGCCCCAGCCAUGCCCUCUAGUGUCAGCAACGGCACCGCACCAGUUUCGGUGUGGAGUCCCACCUCUCUAUCCCCCCUUUCUGAUCCAUUGUGUGGCUCUGGCACACCCUGCAUGCAGCGCCCAGCCCACUAUCCCAUGAGUUACGGUCAGCCCUCUGCUUACAGCCAGGGUUACAGCUCCUCUCCUUACUUCAGUGGCCUGGAUUGCAGCCCGUACCUCUCUCCCAUGACCACUCAGCUGUCAGCCAGUGGGGGUGCUCUGUCUCCCCUCACUGUACCCUCCAUGGGUGGCUCGCUCAGCCAGUCACCCUCCCUCACCUCCCAAGGAUAUGGCUCCACCUCACUGGGUUUCAGUUCCGUAGACUGCCUGGACUACAAGGACCAGCAGGCCUGGAAACUCAACUUCAGCACUGUUGACUGCCUCGACCAUAAAUUCCAGGUGCUGUAGAAGAGAGAAUGAGGAAGUGAAGAACAAGAGCAAGAGGAAAGGAGAAAUUGGAGAACAGUGUGGAGAGAAAGAAGAAUAAAUGAAAUAGAGCUAUUGCUUGACAUGCUAAAGACAUUUUGAUAAUGAGCAGGACUGAAUCAGAAGGGUUUUUAGAGAAGUAAAGGGAUGCCUAUUCUGGAACAGGUGAAGGCUGUUCCUCUAUAAUGCAGAUCUGCUCUGUGAUUGUUUGAGGAUGAAGGGACCCCUCGAGUCUACUGCUCAGUCAUCAUUAUUAGUCAUUAACACACACACACACACACACACACACACACACACACACACACACACACACACACACACACACACACACACACACACAUGUUGUGUUUCCAUGUUUUAUGGGGACUUUCCAUAGACAUAAUGGUUUUUAUACUGUACAAACUUUAUAUUCUAUCCCCUAAACCUAACCCUAUCCCUAAACCUAACCAUCACAGAAAACUUUCUGCAUUUUUAGAUUUUCAUAAAAAAUAAUUUAGUAUGAUUUAUAAGCUGUUUUCCUCAUGGGGACUGACAAAAUGUCCCCACAAGGUCAAAAAUUUCGGGUUUUACUAUCCUUAUGGGGACAUUUGGUCCCCACAAAGUGAUAAAUACACGCUCACACACACACACACACACACACACACACACACACACACACACACACACACACACACACACUCAAACAUAAUCUAAUAGCUACUCUUUUUCACAACACAUUGCAAGUACAUAUGCACUAACACACACACACACACACACACACACACAUACACACUCUCUCAAACACAAUCUAAUAGCUACUCUUUUUCACAACACAUUACAAGUAUAUAUGCACUAACACACACACACAGGCAUCUUUAGCUUACUACACACAAGUAAUCACACAAAGAGAUACAGGCAUGCAUGUAUUUGGUGUGGAACUUCUUGGUUUUUCUGCAGUUACAAGUUGCUCUCUGUGGGACAAAGUUGUUCUUUCUUCUUAUAUUUUUUCAUAUGUUUGGUUUGGGUUGUCUGUAUUCGCGAGGCAUUAGGAGUUCCUGUGUUGUGCUUUUAGCUUGCUGUUAUUUAUGUAUUGUUCAAUUAUGUUAACUUAUAACAAAUAAUGUCAUUUUCUGUUAGUUUGAGUUACAGUAAUCAUUACUAAUUAAACUUCAUUUACAGUAAUGGCAUUAUGUGCUCUUGAUCUAUAUUUUCUAUUUGGGUGAUUUUGUGUUGAAAA